AUGGCGCUGGUUAUGGACCCUUCUGAGGUCAAUUCUGGUGGUUUCAUCUCCUUGGUGUUGGAGGUUGUCUCCCUUGAUCCAGGUCACGAACGACACUUGCUUGUUGACAAGGCUCACGAUAAGCUGGUUCAGUUUUCGGGUCUGGUGGAAGGUGGACACAGGAUCAUCACGGUGAUCGAUGCAGUGUUGAUUCGCCAAUUUCCUGUGGUGUGUCUGGAGUGCAGUGACAAGACAAAGGUCCUUCAUCACGGGAUUCCUACCUGGUCUGACUAUUUCAAGAUGAUCGAUGCAUGCAGUGGCUUGGGAGGCAUCUCACAUGGAGCUUUGGCUGUUGGGAUCGUCCCCACAGUUGCAAUGGAUGUCAAUGCAUGUAUGUCCGAAUUACACAAGGUCCAUGUUUGCAGUGAUCAUGUUACCGGUGACAUCGGUGAUCCUCAGGUUGUGGCCGAGGUGUGGAGUCGGAGUCAGAGCGCCGCCUUGAUGUGUGCAGGGUUUUCAUGCCAACCAUUCUCACAGUUGGGUGAUCGUCGUGGGGGUUUGGACCCUCGUGCUCAAACUCUUCCGAAACUGCUCCGAGCUGCCCACUUGAUGCAAAUCAAAGUGCUUGUCCUGGAAUGCGUUGUGCCUGCCCGAUCUGACCCAUUUGUGAAACAACAGCUUGAUAGCUUUGCAUCUCUCAUGGGCUUCACCACUGAGACUGUCAACUUGGAUCUUCAAACCGUUUGGCCAUGUCGGCGUCAUAGAACUUGGUGGCUCAUGUUCGACUCAAGCUUGGGCAAGAUGGGUCUCUCUGAAUGGCCAGUUCUGGAUAGCCUUCCCAAAGUUCAGGAAAAAGGCCUUUUCGGCUUGUUGGUCUCCAGUGCCUCCGAAGCCAUUUCUGACCAGCCUGUGCGUCAUGUGCAUCCCUCUGAAGCCUUGGCUCUCAAUGGGAUGGAUUGUACCAUUGACCUGGGUCUUAAUGUUCGUUUGUCUUUGUCUGGAGUCGGUCAGAUCGCCAGUCCGCUGCAAGCUGCCUUGCGUUUCUGGAAGGACAUUCGUUCCCUGUCCCUUGGGCAAGUCGUUCAUGCACCACAAUGGCCUGAAGUCUCGGAUUUUCGCAUGUCUGUUGCCUGUGCCCUGGAUGUGCUAAUCCGCCGAACACAGGGAUCAGUCUCUGCCGUGCCUAGUGAAGAACCUGAGACACCAUGGUUUGACACACCAGUGCUUGGAGUGUGUAGUGACCUCACCCUGCAGAUUGGUUCCAAUGAGGUUCAACUGAUUGACAGAUUCGGUGACUUCCUACGGUUCCAGUUUCAACCAGGGACCACUAUUGCUGACGUUCUUGGUGCGCAUGCCAAGCUGACAGGUGAUUUGACUGUUCAACUUGCCAAUGAUGCUCUUGGUAGAGUCCUGUCUCUUGAUCAUGCCAUCCUUCCUGGACAGUGUAUUCAGAUUUUCCUCUCUGGAUGUGAACAAGGUUCCUUUUUCCCAUUUGAGGUGUUUUCCGGUGAGAAUGCACAUGUAUCAGGCUUGUUUCCGGUUCGGGAUGAAGCGCAUGUGGAGGAGCCUGGUGACUUUCCCAUGGAGGAAGAUUGUGCUCCUUGUGCUAAGCCUGAUUCCAGUAGUGUUGAUGCAUGCCCAAUCUCCCCCACUAUCCCAUGGGAAGCCAAAGUUGAUGAGUGUGACAUGGUUGGAUCCUUUGUUGGAGUCUCUAGUACUUUGCCAUAUACGCCGACUGGUGGGUUGGUUUCAGCUUUGUUGCCACUGUCUGAGAAGCAAUUUCUUCGCUUGGCGGUUCCAAUCAUUGACGAUGGCCACAAAUUCACAGCCCUCCGACAGCAAUUCAUUCGUGCAGUUGACCGUCUUGCGUUGUUGGAAGUUCAGGGGAACAUUUGGUCUGAUGAUGAAAUUGCGUAUCAUCUUGCAAUGCUUACCUCCACUGCUCCGGUUGGGGGACCCUAUUGCAAUGUGGUUAUCUUGGACCCGCUCCUGGCUACUGCUUGGGAGUCAUCUCACGGUGAUCCUGGCCUUAGUACUUCUGCUGGUUGUGGUGACAUUGGCCAUGCCUCAUCUGGGAUCAGUGGCAGAGUAUUUGAGGUCUUCUCUCCCCAGUCUGAUCCCUCCCUUGUUGAGGAUGAGAGCUUGAGUGAAAGCAGUGCCUCUGCCGAUGUUUGUGGUGUCUCGAGCCUUGCUCAUGCCGAUCCCUCUUUUGGAGUAUCCAGAUCUCGGUCCAGAUCUCCUCCUGCCCAAUGCCUGCCUACGGUUGAUUCGCAUCCUGCUGCCGUGCCUGCUCCCGAUGCAGACGGCCUGUGUUGGGAAUCCGGGCCACUCCCUAUAAUGCCCGAUGAACCUGUUCGUUUGCCAAGGUAUAUCAAGUACCCAGCGUUGGUGAAUCAGGAAGUUGUCCAUGUUCUGUUUGUGCUCAAUCAUGCCGUUGACAACAAUCCAAGAAGUGCCUGUGGUCUGUUUGACUUGGGGGCGUAUAGUCGCGAACUGUGGGUCAGAAUUGAAUGGGAUGUUGCUGAGCUGCUUGCCCUGAGCUCUCAACAAAUGCUUGCAUUUCCAUGCCCAUCCAUCGAAAACCCCACCAGGCUUUGGUCUAUGCGCAAUCUUGUCAUGCAUCUUAGGGAUCGACUUACCUUACUUCGACAUCAACAAGGUGUUGUUGCUGAUGAUGAGAUCCGAUUUCAUUUGCAUGCAAUUGCCUCUGAAUGCGAGGGUGGUGUGGAUUUCUCGCCCAUGCGAGUGAUGGUCCUUGAUCCGAUCGUCUCCCAUGCUUGGUUGGAUGCUGACUCUUUUGACUGUACAGAGUGGGCUGCCACCCAUCCUGAAGUUUUACGAGACAGUCUGCAAAUCAUUGGGGUGUUUCGUGUUGACCAACAUUGGAGUGUCUGUGGAGCCGUUGCCAUCAACUUCUUGCGAAGUCAAUUGACUGGCUGUCCAAGACUUUGUUCGACUGCUUCAGCAUGGGAAGAGCAUCAUUUCCUGAGGAGGAAGUUCAUGCAACACAUUGGACGCAAAGCUGAGAUCCCUCGACCUUGGCUCUGGGGCUCUGGUGAUGUUGACUCUGAGGGUUCUGAGGAUGGUGUUCCUCAUCAUGACUCUCUCCAGGGUGGUUCAGCUGGUAGCUCGGAGUUUGGCCAGGUGCUGCAAGGAACCGUUGGUCGUGUGUUUGACGUUUUCUCUCCGCAGUCUGACCCUUCCCUUCAGGAGGGGUCAUGUCCUGAUGAACGUGAUGCCGUCGUUUCUGAUAAUGAGGGACCAGCGAUUACUGUCAAUGUACAUGAAGGAGGCCUACUGAGAUCCAGAUCCAGAUCACCUCUUCGUCCUUUGCCAGAGGGUAGUCGGAGUGCACUUGGCACCGUGCCUGCUCCUGAUGUUGAAAGUCCUGACAGGGAAUCCGGGCCACUCCCUAUAAUGCCCGUUGGACUUGGCCUCUUGCAGGGUGGCCCCGAACAUCCUGACGUGAUUAACCAUUUUGUUGCUCCUUUGCAGUUUGGGGGGGACCCUGAUGUUGCGAACCAUCCACGGAGUGUUCGAGGACUGUUUGAUGUUGGAGCCUACAGUAGUGAAGGAUGGGCAAGUAUUGACUGGGAUGUUGUUGAUCUCUUAGCGAUGAGUUCCCAGCAGAUGCUUGCUUUUCAAUGCCCUCCCAUUGAAAACCCCACCAAGCUCUGGUCCAUGCGUAACCAAUUCAUGCAGUCAAGAGAUAGAUUGACUCUGUUGAGACACCAACAAGGUGUUGUUGCUGACGAUGAGAUUCGUUUUCAUUUGCACGCCAUUGCCGCUGAAUGUGAAAGUGGUGUGGAAUUUCCACCCAAGCGCAUUGUGAUCCUUGAUCCUGUUAUCGCGCAUGCAUGGCUUGACAUGGACUCGUUUGACUGCACAGACUGGGCUGCCACUCACCCUGAAAUCCUUCAGGAUGGCCUGCAAAUUGUGGGUGCGGUGUGCUUUGAUCAGCAUUGGAUCCCAAUUCUCUUGACUCCGUGGGGGGAAAAUAUUCGGAUUGCGUCCUUUGAUUCUACCUCCGACCUUGCCCAGUGUCUUGCCGCCUGCUUGACUAGGGUUGCUCAUGCACUUGGAUUCACUGAGAUCCACUUUGAUCACAUUCAUCGUACAUUUGCGGUCAAAAGCGUUUGUGGUGCCGUUGCACUCAAUUUCUUGCGUAGUCAAGUGACGGGCGUACCCAGGCUUGGUACAACUUUCUCUGCAUGGGAGGAGCACCAUGUCUUGAGGAGGAGAUUCAUGCAACACAUUGGCCAAAAGGCGGAAGUCCCCCGGCCCUGGCUCUGGGGUGCUGGCAGUCGUGAUGAGUGUGAUGGUCCCCCGGGUGAGGUUCCUGCUGAAGCUUUGCAUGACUCUGCAGCUCAUGUUUCUUUUCCUGUGGGUUUUUCCGGAGUUUGUGUUGAUGCCUCUCACUUAUGUGCGAUGCAUGGACAGCAACUGAGUGCACUUGAAUGUCCUCCGGUGUCUGACAUCCACCAAAUGAGUAACCUCAGACUGCAAUUGAUUGAGUCCCGUUCCCGCCAACGCAUUUUGCAAGCUCAAUUUGGUCUGUGGGCCGAUGAUGAAAUCCGAUUUCACAUGCAUGCCAUUGCAGCUGUAUGCCAGACAUUGCAACAUGGUCAGAUGAUUUCGCAGGUGUCUGUGCUUGAUCCCUUGAUUACGUCCUCAUGGUUGGUCCCCAGCUCACUUCCGAGUGAUCAAUGGGCCAGUAUGUACCGGAAUGUUCAUCGUGAUCAGAAAAUCUUGAUUUCUGCCGUUCGCAUUGAUGGCCAUUGGAUUCCCCUUGUGUUGUUUCCUGCUGGCAAUGUCCUUUCGGUCCAAUCCAGUGAUUUUACUGAUGGUCUUCCUGCGGCCCUUAUCAACUGCCUGGUGUCCUUUGCCCUUGCCAUUGGAUUUGAGAGCCUCCGCUUCGAUCAUGAGGUUCGCCCUUUUUCAUGCAGAUCAGCUUGUGGUGCUGCAGCCGUCAAGUAUGUUGCCUACAGGUUGGGCUUGUCUGGCAGGGUUCUUACUUAUGCAGCUGUGUGGCAAGCGCACUCGGAGCUGCGAUCACAAUUUGUCCGUGCACUGUCUGAUGAGCAUUUGACAAGCCGUCCAUGGAUCUGGGCCUCUGGUGAUGAUGAAGCUUCUGAAACAUCCUGGAGGUCUGAAGACCCUGUUGAGGAUGCCUCGGGCCUUCCUGACUCUUCUACUGGGGGAGUUCCCUCCACUGCACCUUUCGUUCUCCCUGAUGAUGGUGCUGCUUGCCUGGCGUCUCAUGUUCGGUCACAUGGGCAUCAAAUUGUGGCUGUUGUCUUAGAGGGAACUCAUUGGAUUCCCCUUUGGGUUGUUCCUGCUGGCUUAGUCUUGGUUUUCCAUACCUUUGAUGACAUUCUGGACUAUGACAUUUUUGACGGCAAAUUGCGUUGGAUGGGCCUUCAUUUGGGCUUCUCUGAUGUUGUCAUUCAUCGAGGCUUCACUGGUGGAUUUGUUCAGUGGUGGUCUAGAUGUCCGCAUCGAGUGCAUGGUGCUCCUUUGCAAAUUCCUUGGGUUCCGCCUUCUGGUGUGAUUGCUACUCGGAUCUUUGAGACGUUGGCUUUGCAGGUCCGGUCUUUGGAGUCCCAACUCAUCAGUACGUCCCGCCAGUAUGCACGUUUGCGUAGGGCUCGCAAUCCUCGAUUAAUUUUUCAAGACCUUCGCCCAAUGCAAAGUAGUGGGGUGGAUUACCUUAUUCGCCCUAUUCAGUCCAGCAUUGUUUCAGUUGAUGAGUCUGAUCACUCUAUUGUUUUGGAGCCUCCGCAUGAGUGGUCACAUGACCGACCAAUUGUUUGCCAGGGAUUGCCUUUGUCGCUGAUCCAUGUGGAACCUGAUUGCAUAUGGCUUGACGACUCCUCUGCACUCAAGCCUGGGGAUGUGAUUUCUCAGCUUCGUUGGCGCAUGGAGUGGGCAUGGCUCAAAGUAGUUGCUGCUUGCGUUGCUCACCGUCCAGGGUUUUCUGGUCUUUGGCAAAUUGAUCCUGCCCGCACUCGUGCAUGGCUGUCCAAAUUGAAUUGUUCAGACCGGGCAGCCUACCGGAAAAUUCUCAAUGGUGCUCAUGUGACACAAGAUGGGAAGCAUUAUUGCCAGGAAGCGGAUUCAGAUGUCUGCCAGUUUUGUGAUUGCUCAGACUCUCGGUUCCACCGCUUUUGGGGUUGUGGCGUCUGUGAGGAGUGCCGUCAGGGAAUUGAUUCGGACCUUAUGGCUGCUAUCCCUGACCUGCCAGAGAGUGUGACUUGUUAUGGUUGGGCCCUUCGACCUUCUACAUUUCAUUCCUGGUACUCCUAUUUUCUGCAACUGGUCCCGCCCGUGAUACCUGCGAUUCCGUGGCCUUUUCAGUCUCAGUUCCAUAUUUUCACAGAUGGUAGCUGCUGUCAUCCACAAUACCCUGAUUUGAGGUUUGCUUCCUAUGCCUUAAUUCUUGUUGACUCGAGUGCUACUGAACAUGCAUGUAUUCUUGAGAGUGGACCAUUACCAGGUCUUCGUCAGACCUCACUGCGUGCAGAGCUCUUUGCCGUUCAUCGCGCUAUCAAGUUUGCUGCAUAUCACGGAGUUAGUCUGAUGAUUUGGUCUGACUGCUUGAAUGUUGUGCGCAGGUUGCGACGUAUUUGUCUUGGAGCCCCGGUUAAGAUCAAUUCUUCCAAUGCAGACUUGUGGAGUUUGAUUGCUGAGGACAUUCAUGGAGGUGGGUGUCAUGUGCAGGUCGCGAAAGUUGCUGCCCAUCAGUCUCUUGCUGCUGCUGCAUCACCUUUGGAAGAAUGGUGCUUUAAACACAACAGGUUUGCUGACAGGGCAGCGGCCUCUGCCAAUCAACGCAGACCCAAAGAGUUUUGGAACCUGCUUGCAGUGCACUCCCGAGCGUGUCAGACGUGUGACAGGUGGAAUGCGUCAAUCCAGAAUGUUCUGCUGCAAGUGAGUCGUAAUGUAUUACAUGAAGGGCGACAAAUGCCCCAGGAUGUUCCAAUGCCUGAGCCACCUCCUGCUCCUUCCUGGACACCCCUGCCCACUGAUCCUGUGAUGCCGCAGGGUGCUGUUCGGUGGUAUGGCGAAGCUGUUGUGGCUAAAAUGACAAUGUGGUUUUGGAAGGCAGUGUCCGAUGAUCCAGGGCCUGUGCAAUGGAUUUCGAAUGCUCAGUUGUACAUUGACUAUGGACUUCAGACAGGAGACUCUGGCCCAGUUCACAUUGAUGGAUGGAAAGACAGCCAGGAUGUGCCGUUGCACGCUCUCCGGCCUAUUGGCUUUAAGGAGAGGGUAAGGUGGUUUGGUAAAGUGCUGAGGGAGAUUUUGCGACAUGGGGGUUUGCCGUUUUCUGCCCAGUACUGCCGGCCUAGUAGCCUUAUGCUGUGUAUGCACUCCAGCUGCAUUGCGGUUCCCUGGAACCCACAACGCCUUGAGCAUGUUGAUCGAUGGAUGGCAAAGUUCUCAUCCGGAACUGGACCGCUUGCCACUGCCAAGCGCUUCUAUGGCUUCGUAGUUCUGCAGUCAAAGGGCUGCCUUCGUCUGACUAAGGCAGCGCGUGUGCCAAACGCCUAUCUCGUCGAUCACGGAAUCGUUAACACUGGAGAACACGGGGCCAUUGGAGGCGCGGUGGAGAUCUUCCCUGAAAUUUUGCCCUGA